AUGAUAAAAAAUAAUAUAAUUAAUAAAAUAGUUAUAUAUAAUUAUUUGUACAAUAGUACAAGUUAUAAAGAUGAUAAAUUUUUGUAUAGUAUUGAUUUAUCUAUUAAAACUAUUACAAGACAAAAACCUACUUAUAUAGUUAAUAAAAAAAAAGAAAUUAUAGGUACAAAAACUAGUUUGUUAAAUUAUAAUUUAAAAGAGUUUAUAUAUAAAUUUAAAAAAUUUACAUUAAUUAAACUUUAUAGUACUUCUGUAUUUAACAAAAAUUUUUACAAUUUUGACGCAGAUUUUAAUUUAAACGUGUGUCUUAAUAAUGUAUCUUAUUUUUUUGAAUAUUUUAACCGUCCUAGUCUUGAUUAUAUGUGUAAAUUUAAUAUUAAAUUUAUAUUUAAUAAGUAUGUAAACAAUUUAUAUAGACUUAAUUACAUUAAAAACAAUUUAAAUUUUCAAUUAUGCUAA